AUGUCGCUGUGGGGAGGGUUUUCGAACCCCACCAGCUACCACGACAGCGGGCUCGAGAAGCGUCUCGAGCUCGACUUCGCCGCCGCCGUGGAUGUGCAAACGUUUACGGUGGAGGAGCUUGAGGACGUGCUGGCGGCAGCUGGGCAGAAGCUGCAGCACCACUCCUCUGCGGAGGGUCUGCUAUCCCUAGAGAUGACGCAGUGCAUUGUCAUCUUGACACCGUGCAAGCUGGUGGUGACAUCCGUGUCGGAGGUGAUGUUGCACCAGGUGAUCACCCCCACCGUCGCCCUUCUCACAUCCAAGGGCGUGCGUGUGGAGUGGGCCUCGUACUUGCGCAAGAACACCACCUCGCCAUGGUGCGUCGAGAGUGAGAUGAGCGACAUCAUGGCGCAGGAGUACGCGGAGCUCAAGGCCGUCUUCCCGACCGGCAAGUCCUUCCUGACGGGUCCGGUAGAUGGUCAUCACUGCUUCAACUUCGUGUACGACAACGUUGAAAGGAUGGCAGGGCGUAAGGAGGAGGAUGUGCAGGUGAACGUGUUCCUCUACGACGUCGCUGUCGGUCUGGGGGAGGUGAACAAGACAACGCAGCGCUUCUACGCGCUGAAAAGUGGCGAGUACGAAGUGAUACGCACCUUCGCUAGUGUGCCGUGCAUCUCCUUCGAGACCAACGCCAAGGCUGCCGUAGCGUCUCCGACGCGCGUGCAGAAGCUCCUCGACACCUUUCAGCCCGCCCACUUCACGGUUGCUGCCCUACAGGACAGAGACGCCGACGGGUCGGCGCUGCGUCGAAACUUCAACGCCUUCAACCCCUACACGCUGCAGAACCGAACGGUGAACUUGUUUGGUGAGGGCUACGCGUUCCACCAGCUGCUGUUCGCCCACAGUGCAGAGUAA